AUGGCAGAUGAUAUGCCCACAUUCAAAUGUGUGUUGGUUGGAGACGGUGGUACUGGCAAAACCACAUUCGUAAAGCGGCACUUGACUGGAGAGUUCGAAAAAAGAUACGUUGCUACUCUCGGUGUUGAAGUACAUCCAUUGGUUUUCCACACAAAUAGAGGCCCUAUCAGGUUUAAUGUUUGGGAUACGGCAGGUCAGGAAAAAUUCGGAGGCCUUCGAGAUGGUUACUAUAUUCAAGGUCAAUGUGCGAUCAUCAUGUUUGAUGUAACCUCUCGCGUAACCUACAAAAAUGUUCCCAACUGGCACAGAGAUUUAGUUCGGGUUUGCGAAGGAAUCCCAAUCGUACUUUGUGGUAACAAAGUAGAUAUUAAGGACAGGAAAGUUAAGGCGAAAACUAUUGUGUUCCACAGGAAAAAGAACCUUCAGUACUACGACAUCUCUGCUAAAUCAAAUUACAACUUCGAAAAACCAUUCCUGUGGCUCGCAAGAAAGUUGAUUGGUGAUGGCAACUUAGAAUUUGUUGCUAUGCCUGCUCUUGUACCUCCAGAAGUUAACAUGGACCCAAGAUGGCAAAACCAGAUCGAAAAGGAACUCAAAGAAGCCCAAGAUACUGCUCUACCAGAGGAAGAUGAAGACUUG